ACCAUCGACUCUUACUCUCACCGUCAUCCUCAGGCCUGGCUCUAGGAUUCAACAAGUACUAUCCACGCAACUCCGACGGAGAGAAGCAUGACGGUCUCGAUUCUUACAGAGGCAAACACGCGUUGGGCGGCAGAGCACGUAAGACUGACCGAGGCAUUCUAAUUGUCAGAUAUUGAACUCCUGGGACAACAACCACAUCGAGAUGGAUGUGCGCUACAACGCCGAAAAAAGAUAGGAAACUAUUCCUCGACGCCUAUGUUGUCUUUCCGAUGAAAUCCCCACGGAUCCCAAGAAUACACGUUAUGUCGUUGUCUCAGGAGCGAGGUAGAACGAUGACAGAGAAGAAUGGAAGGUUCGUCAUACACGAUACUGAUGAAAACCGGAGAACGUGGGCUGCGUUGGAAAAGUCAACUGAUGCUCAGAACCACUAUAAGAAUGUGCAAGUCCCGCGUCUGGAGUCUCUGUUGGAUGUUUCAGAGCAGUGCAACUCAAAUCCGGCGGUGAAGAAGGCAAAUGAUCAAUGGAACAAAGCACGUCAGGAGAAGCUAUCCCUCGAGAGCCAACGUCGCAAGUUACCACCCACCGCGACAUCCAUUACCGCUGUCAUGCAUUCGGACACAUGCGUCCUCGUCGCGCUCGUCCGGUGUCGCCAGCUUUAGCGUUCGCAUCCUGAACAAUGCCGCUAAACAGUCCGCGAAACAUAAAUAUGGGUAGAACGCCUUCACAAUUCGAAAGAUAAGUCUGUGGGAGGUUGUGCCAUCACAGGUCUUUGACAUCAGCAUGCUUGGCAAUCUUACAUGAUCAAGACUGGAGGUAACCAGAAGAAGGCUCAAGCCCUUCGGCACAAUUCGACAGCACUUUUAAUGCCUUGUGAGCAGGUGUGAGUUUGUACAGUAUGGCGACUUUAUAGCGAGGUGGCGCUUACUAUCAGCUUUUGUCUAUAUGAACAUUGGGAUUAUGAGUAGGGUUAGGCUG